AUGAACAUAAAGAUUAGAUUAAUAAGACCUCCAGUUCCAAAAUUUAAUUUAAAUGUAUUUGAAACUAACACUCUUCAAAUAAUUCCAAUUGAGAAAUAAACUCAAGAAUCAAAUUGUAAUUCAAUUCGAUAAGAUAAUAAUUCUGAUACUUCUUCUGAUAAUAAUCAGGAAUUAAGUUUUGAUAGAAAAAAACUAUCAGCAAUUGUUGAAGAAAUGAAAAACUAAAUAUCUCUUUUAGGAUUGAAUGAAGAUCUACUAAAAGUUGCAAUAUAACUGUUAUAACCUCAAUUAUUGUCUGAACUCAAAAAAAAAAAAUAUACAGCCAUUGCCAUAGCCAUAGCAGGAUUAAUUGCUGCUUUAAAAUAAACUUAUAUUCCUAUAACUCAAAAAGAAAUUUUGGCUAAAAUUUCAGUCUCAAAAAAAUUAAUUAAAAAAAUAUUACUCAAAAUACAUAAUAAUUAUAAAUUAGAAUCAGUUGUUUAUGCAUUUAUACAAUCAAUAUCAUAAAAUUUGGGAUUUAAUUAAAAAUUCAUUAAAUUCUGUAUUUAAGUAUUUAAGAAAAUCCAAUAGAAUAAUUUAAUUCAAGGAGAACAUGAGAAUGUCAUUGCAGCAGCAAUUGUCAAAUAUAGUGGAGAUAUUAUAUUUGCUAAUAGAGGAGGUAUAAUACCUUCAGUGAUUGCAUAAUAAGCAAAAUGUAGUAUUAGUACAUUUAAGAUAUUUCAUAAAAAAGUAUUUGAGAAAUUAUACUUAUUAUGCAAAAACUGA